CUGGAACGUGUAAAUCAUUUUCCAAUUCCUAUAUAUGCUAUCAUAGGCGUCCUUCUCCAAAUUAUUCAUUUGCCUCGUUUAAGCCCAUAAACAAUGUCUUCUUCUUCUUCUUCUUCUUCUUCUUCUUCUUCUUCACUGCCGUCGACAAAGCUGCCGGUGAAACCAAUUCCCGGUGACUAUGGCCUUCAUUUCUUCGGUCCAAUUCGAGAUCGAUUAGCAUACUUUUACAAUGAAGGCAGGGACAAGUUCUUUGCGAAUCGAAUCCAAAAAUACCAAUCCACGGUCUUCAAAACUAAUAUGCCUCCCGGACCUCCAAUUGCCUCUUGCUCUCACGUUAUUUGUCUUCUCGAUGCUAUCUCCUUCUCUGUCCUUUUUGACGCUUCGAAAGUCGAAAAACGUGAUGUUCUUGACGGUACUUUCUUGCCUUCCCUGGCCUACACCGGUGGCCAUCGUGUAUGUGCCUACCUCGAUCCUUCCGAGCCAAAGCAUACAUCUUUAAAGUCCUUCUUUUUAUCUACUCUCGCAGCCCGUCAUCAUAAGUUCAUACCAUUCUUUCAAAUAGGCUUGUCAGAGCUUUUUAACGAGCUUGAAGCUCAGAUUUAUACCAAAAAAGAAGCUUAUUUUAACACCCUGAGCGAUACCAUGUCAUUCAACUACGUUUUUCGCCUGUUCUGUAACAAAAACCCUAGUGAAACAAAGAUAGGUUCUCAAGGACCAAAACUUGUUGACAAAUGGUUGUUGUUUCAGCUUGCACCUCUUGGAUCACUAGGGUUAUCACCCAAAAUUCUAGGUUAUUUCGAAGAUAUUUUGUUACGUACAUUUAGUUUCCCAUUUUUUCUCGUUAAAUCUGAUUACAAAAAGUUGUACGAUGUGUUUUAUGAGUUUGGAAGCUCGGUAUUGGAUGAAGCUGAAAAUGAGUUUGGGAUUGAAAGAGACGAAGCUUGCCAUAACCUGAUUUUCCUUGCCGGCUUUAAUGCUUAUGGUGGCAUGAAAGUCCUAUUCCCAGGGUUGAUCAAGUGGGUUGCAUUAGCCGGACAAACGUUACACCGGAGACUAGCUGAUGAAAUCAGGGCCGUCAUCAAGGCUGAAGGUGGGGUCACUUUAUCUGCUUUGAACAAGAUGGUUUUGGCCAAAUCGGUGAUCUAUGAAUACCUAAGGAUCGAUCCACCAGUUCCAUUCCAAUACGGUAAAGCUAAGGUUGAUUUGGAAGUUGAAAGCCACGAUGUAGCCUUUGAGAUAAAAAAAGGCGAGAUGAUAUUUGGGUAUCAGCCAUUUGCAACUAAAGAUCCUAAGAUUUUUGUGAACCCUGAGGAGUUUGUGGCUGAUAGAUUUGUGGGGGAAGAAGGAGAGAAACUUUUGAAGUAUGUAUAUUGGUCGAAUGAGCGUGAGACGGAGGAUUCCACGGCGGAGAACAAGGCUUGUGCCGGGAAAAAUCUGGUGGUGCUGCUGUGUAGAGUGUUGUUGGUGGAGUUUUUCCUUCGUUAUGACACGUUCCAAGUUGAGGCUAGUACGUUUAUGUUCGCUCCAUCCGUGACGUUCAAGUCUUUGACUAAAGCCUCAUCAAGUACUUGACUGCCCAUGACUGAAAUUUAGUUGUUUGUGAAGGGUGUUUAAUUUGAUUUACCAUCUUGUUCUCUAAAUUUCAUUUGAAGUCCUUUGGUUUGUGGUGCUAGCAAUGGAGAAAUUAUUGAGCCAAGAAAUCAUAUGGUGGAAAAAAAAAAGAAAAAGACUUUUGCAACAAACAAAUGGGUAUGGAGUACUAGAAGAUGGGGAAUGAGUGACCCAAAAUCCUUGUUUCAUAAGUGGGGCUCAUUGUACCUAGUUGUUAUGUUUUCUUUUUUUUAUAUUUCUUUUCAGCUUUGUUUACAAUAAGAAUUUAUAGAGUUAAAAAGAUAAUAAAUUGGAAUAAAAGAAAGAAAGAAAAUUGAUUGA